GGUGCUUCUCUCAGUUACUUCGGCAAACUCCAUGGAUGUGGAAGGCCAAAACUCCAAUCACCAGAACCAGGAUGCCGCUCCCCUGACGAGCAAAGGCCUGAGGAGGGUCCUCAUCGUCCUCAACUGCGUCCUCUUGGCGCUCGGCAACACCGGUGGCCCGCUCCUCCUCCGCCUCUACUUCCGCAGUGGCGGGAAGCGUCAGUGGCUCUCGAGCUGGCUCGUGACCGGCGGAUGGCCUAUCAUCUUCCUUCCUCUCCUCAUCACCUACCUCCACCGCCGCCGCCACCAAAUCCGACCUGGACACAUCCACCGCACCAAGCUCUUCUUCAUCACCCCGCGACUCUUCCUCGCUUGCGCCUUCAUCGGCGUCUUCACCGGCCUCGACGACUUCCUCUACGCCUACGGGCUGGCUUUCCUCCCCGUCUCCACCUCGGCUCUCCUCCUAUCCACCCAUCUGGCCUUCACGGCCUUCUUUGCCUUCCUCAUAGUGAAGCAGAAGUUCACCCCGUACUCGAUCAACUCGGUGGCAUUGCUGACGGUCGGGGCGGCGAUCUUGGGACUCCACGUAAGCUCCGACAGGCCGGACAACGUGACCAAGAGUGAGUACUACAUGGGGUUCAUCCUGACGCUGGGGUCGGCGGCGCUGUAUGCGCUGAUCCUGCCGCUGGUGCAGCUGAUGUACGCCAAAUCGAAGCAGGCGAUCACCUACACGCUGGUGAUGGAGAUGCAGUUGGUGAUGGGGUGCUUUGCGACGGCUUUCUGCACCGUUGGGAUGCUGGUGAGCAAGGACUUCCAGGCGAUUCCACGUGAAGCAAGGCACUCCGAACGGGGGGAGUCUAGAUACUACGCGAUACUUGUUUGGAGCGCCGUCUUCUGGCAGUUCUUCUUCUUGGGCACAGUGGGUAUCAUCUUCUGCGUGAACACGCUGCUGGCCGCCAUCCUCAUCGCCGUGUUCAUCCCGGUGACCGGGGUGUUGGGUGUCGUCUUCUUCGAGGAAAGCUUCAGCAGCGAGAAGGGCGUCGCUCUCGUCCUCGCACUCUGGGGUUUGGCCUCCUACUGCUACGGAGAGUACAGGCACGAAAAUGAUAAGAAAGACAAAGCAACACCCAGUAAUCAGCUUGCUUGAACUGCUGUACUUUUGUGAGCAAAGAGAUAUAUUAAUGGCUUGCUACCUAUCGAUUAAAGAUUGAUGAUGGUGUGGAUGUGAAAUUGGAUAGACGAUAAGAACUUGUCCAUGAAACCUUGGAGAGUUUCGCAUGUGCUUUUGGAUUCAUAUUAGCAAUUACAUGAGAAUCAACUCUUUUGGGGAACA